UCUUGGCCUUUUCCGUGACAUCUACUGUGCACGCGGUCUUCAUGGGAAACCUCGAAGUAAUUGACACGAUCUGUUCGUACACUUCACUUGGGUCACUUCCAGCAUUCGCAUCCACAUGCCGCGCGUUUGAGCGUCCAGCACUUUGGAAGGAUUUGCAGUCCCCAGAGCCUCUUAUCAAAUGCACAACAAGUGACCUGUUUAGCCCUGACCGAGUACGUAUGGUAUUACAAAAACCUCCUGACGGCAUGAUGUAGGAUAUUCUUUGCAAAUAUACAUCCCACGUACACUCAAUCACUGCAACACGACAGCACCGCUUGGCGACCAUCACCGAGCCUCCCAGUUUUCUGAUGCUGUCCUGUCCUUCAGCACCUGCAUCCUUGUUUCUGAACCUCCGAAAAUCAAUAUGGUUUGCCGAUGGAACCUACGACGCUGCAGAGUUUUUGCGCAUGACUUUGGAUUUAGGAAACCAAGGCAUCGAGCACGUUAUCCAGUUACGAGCUCUGCGGUCACUAUGCUUGGACUUAAGGACAUUUUCGCCUUGCGAGAGAAACUCUCGUUUAGAAUUUCCCGGCUUUCAUGAUCUAAAAAUGCUGGGCCUUUCUACCGAUACGUUCAAGCGCGCCUCGAACUCCUUGAGCUCACUUCAGGUCAUGGAAAUGAAUCUACGAGGCUAUCCCAACUCUUCAUCACCCUCCAAGAGAGAUGCGACACUGACAAAAGGUUUCACUCCUCUUGGAAUUUCUGUGGGGGCAUGCCGCAAUCUAACUCGGCUGUCAGUCGAGAGGGGCUGUAACAUUUCCAUAUCUGAUGAGGAACUCUGCCAGCUGGUGAGAGACUGGCCAAAGCUCGAGGCGCUCAAAACCAGCUGCUAUAAUCCCGUCGAUAACGCCACAAUGCCCCGUUACAUGGGUUCAUCGGAUUACUUCGGCUCUGCCCCAUUCUGA